CUUGUUCGUUCCUCGCUGUCCUCCUCCUGUUCUCACUAUGAGCGGAAACGUGAAAAAGGGUUCUCCAUCCCGGGUAACUGAGUGGAUCAGCUCGACAUAUCGGUUUGCGACAGACCGAAACGACUUUAGAAGGAAUCUUCUGGUUAACCUUGGUUUGUUUGCUGCCGGAGUCUGGGUCGCCAGAAACCUCUCAGAUUUUGACUUGAUGUCUCCCCAGCCGGUGACUUAACCGUAGCUGCAGAUCCCGACCAAAAACAGGAUGAUGGAGUCUUGGACCAACAAAGAAGAAACGAAGGACUUGAUGAAAUACUUGGAAAA